AUAAUUUUUAAUUUCAAAAGGUUCAAUUCAUAAUGUCUGUUGGAAUCCGGCACUUGCGCGGUCUAUAUUCGGGAUCAACAGCGAUGAGGCUGGCUCUACAAGGUCUUCACGGAAGCAAUGGCAGUAGCAAUUUGGCGAGCCUCCGAAUUCUCGGCGGGCACAGCAUUUAUGCAGGCCCAAACAAAAGCACAACCACAUCGAUGCGUCAGUUACACACGACAAAAACCGCACAUGAGCAGCAACAGCAACAGCAACAGCAGCAGAGAAGGAGGCACGUUGAUCCUCGCGAAGAGUUUCGCCAUUACAAUGAGCAAGCACGGCGCAAAAACGUCACUGGAAUCCUGUACGUCAGCUCCUUUGUAAUUAUCUUCUUAGGAAUUUCAUACGCUGCCGUGCCUCUCUACCGCCUCCUCUGCAAGCGCACAGGCUUUAUGGGCACUCCCAAGACCGAGCCCACAGUGCGUGAUAUCGAGUCCCUGCGUCCCCUGGAGAACCAUCGCAGGCUGCGAAUCAAGUUCUCGGGCCAGGUCUCCACAGUGCUCAAUUGGUCAUUUAAGCCCGAGCAGCGCCAGGUUUCGGUUGUGCCCGGUGAGACUGCGUUGGCGUUUUUCAAGGCGCACAAUCGGUCGGAUAAGCCGAUUGUCGGGGUGGCCACGUAUAAUGUUAUUCCAGAGCAGGCCGCGCCGUAUUUCAAUAAGAUCCAAUGCUUCUGCUUUGAUGAGCAGCAGCUGGAUCCGCAGGAGGAGAUGAUAUGCCUCAACACUGCCAAUGACUAUGCACAGAAGCCCCAGAACCACGCCUCUGACCUUGGACAGCAGGGCCAGAAUACCGGCAACGCCUACGGCCAGCAGGCCAAGGAUCUCGGCCAGCAGACCGCCCAGAACCUCGGCAACAAGCCCCCUGCUUUCGGGCAGAACAGCGGACCCGGCGGCGGCUUCUCCAUGUAA